AUGGCGGCGGCCAGAAGACUGAAACGCGUGGUGGCUUCGCAGCCUGGAUUCUUAGCUCUCAACUCAUCCACGGAUCCUGCCAACGUCAGCAGCAGUCGGCGAAAGCGUGUUAACAAGAACAAGAAAAAGAACUGGAACAAAUACAGCGAGAUCCGAGACGUCGAAGACUUCUUAGACGACGUCAGAUUUCAGGAGAGAACCUCAGGGGGCCUGUUAUCCGAUAAGUCAGAUGGAAGUCUAUUCUUUGUUGAUGCUGGAGGCCAAAAGAAACCCGCACAGCAAGCAACAGAACCACCUGCUGAGGGAAAGAAGAGGAAAGGAAAGGCAUCUCGCCCUCUAAGAAUAGACCUGAUCCUGCAGAAUGACUCCCUCAUCCCACCUCCUAAAGACAUUUUGGCCCACCAGCAACCCAACUCCAAGAAGCUCCGUCGCAUUGCUCAGAAAGCCGAGCAGCUGGCUGCCAAGGGUGUCGUGCCUCGUAACCAGAGACGGCUGUUGAACAGAUGUUCUGCUCCCAGGAUAACCAGGAAGGCAGCAGCAGAGGCUAACAACAACCCAGAAAGGGAAUUCUAUAAUAUCUGGGGAGAAGAAAGUGAGUCCACACAGACAGAUGACUCGUGGUACCUUGAACAGACUGGCAAAAAGCGGGUAAAGCGUCCUGAAAAGAUGAAUGAGAAGCCAUCAGUACUUCCUGCAGUGGAGGUGAUUGCUCCAGGAGGAUCCUACAACCCAGACUUCCUCUCCCACCAGGCCUUGCUGCUUGAGGCUCAUGAAGUGGAGGUGAAAAAACAAAAGGAAGAAGACAAAUUACAGAGAAAAUUGGCUUUCAACAGAGAAGAUACAGCUACAGAGGAAACGGUCUUCCAGGAGCAGGUGGAGGGCCUGCUGGAGGAGGAGGAAGGGGAGGAGCCUAAUAAGGAAGAGGAUGACAUUCCAGUAGGAGCCACCGCAUUGGUGGAGAAGAAAACCGAGAAACAAAGAAAGAGAGAGAAGGCAGAGAAGAUCAAGGAACAGAAGCGGUUAUCUCAAAGACAGCAGACGGGUCAGCGGCAACAGCUCUUCCAGCUGCGCUCCAUCAAGUCCUCCAUCAAACUCAUUGAAGAGAGGACCAGGCAAAGACAGAAACAACGCAAGGCCAAGCAGGAGGCGCAGAAAGCCCUUCCCAGACGCCUUGGCAGGCUUAAGUUUCAGCCACAGGACCUGGAGGUUCAGCUCAGCGAUGAGUUGGCGGGCUCCCUACGCAGACUCAAGCCAGAGGGCAGCAUCCUCAAAGACCGCUUCAAGAGUUUACAGAAGAGGAAUCUCAUUGAACCAAGGGAACGAGCUAAGUUCAAGAGGAAAUACAAGCUCCACUAUGUGGAGAAGAGGGCUUUUAAAGCAAUCACUUGAGGUCAAGACCACACAAGAGACUGAGCAUCAGGAGAAUCUGAGUUAUGUGCAGAACAGCCAUAUAUAUAUGUAUAUAUAUAUGUAUAUAUAUAUAUGUAUAUAUAUGUAUAUAUAUAUAUGUAUGUAUGUAUGUAUAUAUUAGCAGCUGAUGAGUGCGAGAUGCACGAAACAGGCCUGUACUGCAAUGUAUUAAAAUCUUUUUUCCUGUAUCCGUGUUGAUAUAUAUAUAUAUAUAUAUAUAUAUAUAUAUAUAUAUAGUUUCUGUAAUCACUGUGGUGAUGAUUGCAAUUAGCAUGAAAGAAUUUCCCAUUCAUAAAAAUAGAACUUCAAUUUCAUAAGGGCUGUAAAUGUGCUUGACAUUUGUGAUCUACUGACUCAUAACUGAUUGUGUAUUUCACACGUGGUUAUGAUGACUUACCUUUUCCUAUGCUAGUCACUUAACAAUAAUUCAAAUAUUUUUGACUACUUAGUGCAUAUUUUGUAAUGUUCAUCUGAAGGCAACUUCCUUUCAUCACAUCCGACUGAAAAGCAUUUGACACCAAAUGGAUGAGAAUGAACUUUGUAUAACUGGAUGUUCUUAAAGUGCUUUUUAUCAAGGGCUGAGGUGACAAAGGGCCGCACCCAACUUCUGCUGUGGUCAUACACGUGAAGAUGUCAUGAAUAACAUGUCGGCCUCAGGAAUAAUGUCCACUGCAUGUAAUCAGGGUUGUAUAAUGUCUGAUUUCUCACAGCGGCUUGGAGUCCCAUUCCUAAACAUCAUCACGGCAUUGUUGGUUCCUUGGUAAAGGCUGAACAGUUCACAUCAGUCAUUGUCACAAGGGCCAAGUGUAGAUUUAAAUGUUUUUGAACUGGUGUCAUUCCUUCCCCUGGGUAACCUUUUGCCUGUUGGAUUGUGCUGCUACGUUUAUUUUGGGGCUCAAGGAAAAUACACACGAGUCUGAACAUUCA